AAAUUUUGUAAAAAAAAUCGUGAUUGUAAAAAUUCAGCGUGGUUCAGAGUCGAAAAAUGGCAGGUCUUUUGUCAAGUUUGGUUAGGGAAACACUCCCGAAUUAUCUUUCAAAUUUGCCCGUGCCUGAUACUUUUGGAGGAUGGUUCCGGCUUGGAUUUAAAGAUUGGCUGUCUCUGGUGCCUCCUACGGCCGUCCUGGCCGGCUUAGGGUACAUGUCAUACUUAGCAUUUUGUCCCCAUGGACGUCCAGUACCAAGUCGCCAGAGCAAUCAAAAGAUCCGGAAGAAUGAGGCAAAAGUCGUGGAUACGAUUGAUAUUGAAGACAUUGCCGAAAAGGCAGCCUUCUGUCGGUGCUGGAAGUCCAAUAAUUGGCCUUACUGUGACGGUUCCCACGGGGGACACAACAAGGAAACAGGUGAUAAUCUAGGUCCAGUGGUUGUUCGGAAGAAAGGCAACUAAUUCGAGAGAGAUUUCCCGGCUCUCCUUCGACGAAUUUAAAAAAAUUUCUGGCCCCAAUCGGGAUGUAGUCGAAUAAUUGGAGUUUACCACAAAAUACCGCCAGCCCUUUUUAGUUAAGUAUUCUACGCAAUUUAUAUUACAAAAACUUUACCGGAUAUCAUUUGGCCAGGACGUCUCUGGUCCUCGCUGUACAGCAAUUUUUGGGAUAAACUUCGGUUGAUAUUAUAUUUGCAAUAAAAUUCUUGCUUAACA